ACGAGCGCAGUUCCUUUCCUGAAAGCCUCGAAUCGAUCAGCCUUUUAUGUAAUCUGUUUUUAGUCCGCUGGCAGGCUUCCCUGGACGGAUUACAUCGAAGCCCAAGGGCCCGCUCUGCACCUAAUUCCCGUGUCGAAGUGCAGCGUUUUUCCCCACCCGCGACGCAUCCCCACGACCGGCACUCCAGAACCCAAAGACAGGAAUCGUUCUAGACUAGAACUCAAGACUCAUCUGUUCUGGACAAAUGGAGACCUUUGAGAAUUCUCAUCAGGAGAGUAAAGAGAGACUGUCUAAGGACAAUACCACCAACUGUGGGAAACAGACAAAUAACAGUCAGAUUCGUGAAACCGAUAGACCCUCCAAGCGGCUUCGAAGGAAAAGGAAGCUGCUUUUAGAUUCUGAAGAGGAAGAAGAAAAUGGAGACGAGGAGGAGGAAAAGAAUAAAUUGAAUCCGAAAAACCGCAAGAAUGCAAAAUCAAUGAAGCAAGCUAUUCCUGCAAAGAAGAAUGUUUGGAACUGGAUGACAUACUUAGAAGAAGAACGAAUGCCAGCUGCUCCCUUGAAACUUUUCAAAGAGUUUCAAUCCUUUCCACAAAACAAAAAUGGAUUUAAAGUUGGAAUGAAGCUUGAAGGACUGGACCCUGAACAUCCAUCUUUAUUUUGUGUUCUUUCUGUUGCUGAGGUGCAGGGGUACCGAAUGCGAUUACAUUUUGAUGGUUAUUCAGAGUUUUAUGAUUUCUGGGUUAAUGCUGAUUCAACAGAUAUCCAUCCUGUUGGCUGGUGUGAAAAAACAGGUCACAAGCUGCUCCCUCCUAAAGGUAGAGGUUACAAAGAUGGGGAAUUUAACUGGGCUUCGUAUUUGAAGACUUGCAAAUCUCAGGCUGCCCCCAAAAAUCUUUUCAAGAUCCUAAACACACCAGUCACACCUUCUGGUUUUCGGGUGGGCAUGAAGUUAGAGGCAGUAGACAAAAAGAAUCCUUCCCUCAUGUGUGUGGCAACCAUUGCAGACAUGUUGGAUAAUCGACUGCUAGUUCAUUUUGACAACUGGGGUGAAAGCUAUGAUUACUGGUGUGAUGCAAGCAGUCCAUAUAUUCGACCUGUUGGUUACUGCCAAGAAACUGGAACUCUCUUAACCACACCAGCCGAAUACAAAGAUUUCAAAAGCUUCUCAUGGGAGAAAUACUUGGAAGAAACUGGUUCUCAGGCAGCACCAGCAAGAGCAUUUAAACUGCGUCCAGCUCAUGGAUUUCAGAGUAACAUGAAACUAGAAGCGGUAGAUCGAAGAAACCCCAUGCUAAUUAGAGUGGCAACCAUAACUGAAAAGGAUGACCAUCGUGUCAAGGUGCACUUCGAUGGUUGGGAUCACGCCUUUGAUUUCUGGGUUGAUGCUGACAGUCCAGAUAUUCAUCCCAUGGGCUGGUGUGCCAAAACUGGACAUGCCUUGCAACUCCCACCAGGGACUUCCAAUGCAGCAUCAACGCCAGCAGGACAAGUAUGCCCUACUCCUGGUUGUCAGGGAUUGGGUCAUGUCAGGGGCCCCAGAUACGGAACUCAUUACACGUUAAUUGGCUGCCCUUAUUCCGAAACCAGUCGCACCCGAGAGGGCUUGUUACAGGAUCGCCUUGGUGGAGAAAAACCAUCACUUGGCAGCGGUGCUCUCAAACCCAAGAAAUCUGACAUUUCAGCACAACUUACAGAUUUGCAAGAAGAUUCUCCACAGUCCAGAAAGUCAUCCACGCAAGAAGGAGAGAGGUCAGGGAGAAGCAGCGUUCAUAGUUUUUCUGAACAGUCUGAGACCAGCCAAGAGAAAGACUGGGCCGAAGGGGAAACACCUACUAUUACUAAAAUCAAAGCAAAAGGGAUUGGCUGUUCGCAUAGCUAUAUAAAGCUCCAGCUAGUGAAGCAAGAGACUGAUGGGGAAAAAGACACUGCCUUUGCUCUGCAGCAGACCCUACACCAGUCUGUCUUCAUGCCUUCCCUGUCUGCCAAUCCGACCCACCGUCUCCAUCUCUGCUGGGAGCAGCACUGCAAACUGCUGCCGGAGGUCUCGGGCCUCACCGCUAAGAAUGUGGCCAAAUGGAGCGUGGAAGAGGUGGCUGGCUUUGUUCAGCGUCUGCCCGGUUGCAAAGAACAGGCCGCACUUUUUCGACAAGAGCAAAUUGACGGCGAAGCUUUUCUUCUCCUCAAUCAGUCAGACAUCGUUAAAAUCCUUAGCAUCAAACUGGGGCCUGCACUGAAAAUAUAUAAUGCAAUCCUCAUGUUUAAGACAGCAGAAGAAGACUGAUGGAGAGAUUUUCCUCUGGGCCAGGGGGACAGAGCUGUGAAGGACCUCCAAGUGCAGCUCGACAGCAAAGCGCCCAAUCUCCUGUUUGUUCCUAAAGACUGAGUUGAUUGGAAGCUCGGAAAGAAAGCGGCCAGAUCAUAUUUCACAUGGUUGUGGAUAGAGAAUUCUGAAAGCAUUCUGAAAUUCAGUCCCGUCGGCAGCUUGGAACGGAUGCGAUGGCUUCCCUUCUAGGAAGAGAUGUUUAUUAUUAUUUUUUUUUCCUAAUUGAAUUUGGAUAUGGUUAUAUUGAUCUUUUGUAAAGAUCUUGAUGAUGCCUCUAGUUAUAAGAGGAAUCCUGAGUAUUUCUAUUGAUGGGAAGCUAAGUUCAAGCAAACUCACUUACCUAUUGUAGUGCCUAACAGAGAAUCUGGCUCACCAUUGGUGUGCUUCUAAACUUACAACUGGGUUUAAGAGAGAGUAAGGGAAAGAGUGAGAUACUUUAAAGCAGUGCAGAUGAAUUACUCAUCAAAGUCCUUUGUUGGUAGCCGGUUAGUUUUAAACCUUGUCCUUGUAUCUUGUUUAGCUAUUUAAAUAUUGGCAAUUAAUAUUUGAUGAAUUGGAGAAAUGAGGUCCAUCUCCAAGUAGAUUAAUUUUUCGGGUUAUUAUGCCUGUUUUGCACACUGCACAAUUUCAGAGUUCAAAAUAUUAAAUUAAAACUGUUAAAUAAAGACCACUGGAUAUGGUUCCACUGGAAGGUAGACCAACUAUUUAAGUAUAGGAUCAGAGUAACAAAACUAUGAGAUUAUGUGUUUUGUUUAGUUUUGUUUUUUUUUUAAAGUUCCUAUCUUCCUGCAGGUCAGUGCAAGGUAGAAUGAGAUAUAUAAAGAGGCACAUCCAGUUUUGUCAUGAUAUGUGUUUCUGGCAAGGUUUACGGGAGGUUUUGUAAAACAAGUACUGACAGUCCCUAUUUCUUUGUUUUUGAAAGUACUGUUGUUUUAUGAACAGGUAUAUUAGCUGGAGCAUAUUCUCAUUUUAAGUCAGAAAAAGCUAAGCAUACCGGCCACAGAGCAUUGCCUGUCAUUUCAGUUGGGCUUUUGUCAAGGGUUUCUCAGGUCUUGCUGAAAUAUAAAAUAUAUUCCAUCUGCAUAGCACUAGUGCCAGUUGUCAGAAGUCUUCAAAUUUGUCCUUCCGAUGACCUAUGGAUCUAAGGAAGCCUUUUUGUGCCACAGUACAGGGUGGGGGGGGGGGAGUGGAAAUGUUUUACCCCAACAUUGCUAUCGCUUUCUCAGUCUUGAGAACAAAAUCCAAAUAUUUUAUAUUCUGCAAGAGCAGGGUCUCCAAACUUGACCAACUAGAAGACUUGUAGACUUCAACUCCCAGAAUUCCCCAGCCAUCCAUGCUGGAUGGAAUACAUUUUACAUUUCAUGCUGGCUUGAGGAAUUCUGGGAAUUGAAGUCCAUAAAUUGCCAAGUUUGGAGAUCCCUGUGCUAGAGGAUACUCUGUGGGAGAUUUUGAUAGAGCAGAGCCAUUUGGUUGGAUGAGAAAAUGAAAACUGUAAUGCAAGGCAGCAACAGAACAUGGAAAUGGACCAAUCUGUCAGAAGUCUUCUAUGGUCUUCUAAAAGGACAGCACAAUUUUGGGGGAAAAAAAAUGAUUUGUUUGUCAUGAUGUUACUCUUGUGCAAGUGAUGACUGAGUAAGUAUCCUUUACAUCUAACACUAUUCAGUUUUUUUUUUCACUAACCACCUAUGCAUAACUUGGAACAAGGCAUUCUUUCUUAAUGGCACAUAACCUGCUCUUCCUAGGACACGUACAUUGAUUGACCUGAUGUUUUUCAAGCAGGAAUUCUUGAACUAAUCAAAUGAGGUCUUGUAUUUAUUUUGUGUGAUGCCACUUGUUGGCUGGGUGAACAUCAGUCUCAAAAAAGCUUUUGGGUACCAUAGAAAUGAUGGCGUCCUACUGUGUCAUUCAUCCCUUUCUAAAGCAUGAGCUAACAAGGGAUGUAUGUUUUCCAGUGUGUUGGCGGCAGUGCACUUUUGGUAAUUUGUCGUUGGCUUUACAAGUGAAUAUGAAACCAGCCUUAUAAAUGAAUUUAAAGAGAAAACAGGGAUGAUGUUGGCAUUUGAGUUACUGCCUCUUCACAGCUAUCUCUGCUUCUGAUUUCCCAAAUUUGUAAGACUCCCUUCCUAAAAUCAAGGUGACACAAAAAAAAAUGUGGAAAUAUUGCACAAUCCAGGCUGCUGAAUCUGAACAAUAUUGAAUAAAUCUGCAGUGGCAAUA